AUGUCGGAUCAUGCCAUCGUCUGGGAGGCGAAAAGAAUACUUUCCGCUGAUGUUAGAUUUGCCGGUAUCACACGCAUGUGCGCUUGCCGCGAUAGGAUACCGGAAAACCCAGUGACGGUAUUCAGUCACUGA